UUCUCGUUCGCUCGAGACAUUUUUUCUCUUGUUUUGUUUUACACAGCCGCCGAGCAAAGUGUGCUGGGGGUUUAUGGUAAUUGCGGUUCCCCGACUGGCCUUCUGGGUAAAGUCUGUGAGUGGGAGCGAAUUGCUCUCCGCUCUCAUUCUCCGUCGCACGCACGGAGACUGAAGCAGUUGGUGUCUCGGGCUGCUCAGGGCGGCAGAAAGAAGGAACGGGAACUGACAAAAAGGACGUAAAGAUAAAUAUUUGAAACGUUUGAUCGAGAAGCUGAAUGGAAGGGUAGAAGAUAUCUUCAAAAUGGGAAUUAUAUAUUCUACGCAUUUACGAGGAAGUGCAUAACUAGGCUACUAGUUACACUUAAAAUCGGCGUGUGUUCGGUUUGAGCUGUUACCCAACAUGGCGCUGCGAGGCAUAACCAGGCUAAAUUAAUUGCCGGAGUCCAAGGACUAUCGCCACCUGUACCCUUGUGUUAUAGCCUACACGGAGAUUUAACCUUGCAUUCGAUCAUAGGAAUAUACUGGUUUGGAUCUUGGUUUCUGAGGAUGUCUAUGAACCACGUUACUUUUGCGCAUUUUUCCCCCCGACUGGAAAUACACAGAAACUUCGGAUCGCUACAAAAAAGUACUUGGACUGCCUUUAGCAAAUGUUAAACAAGAACACUUACCACUUCAUUUUGCCCUUUUAAUUAAUACAGAACGAAUCGCUCCGCGUUCUAUCGACCGCUGUUGUUUUGCUCGUGACGGUGGUCUGAGUUUGGCUGGAAUGUUUGCGCUUCUGUGAAACAGGAUCUUGUCUGGUUUGAACUGAUCAACUCGGAAAUUUUAAACAGGAGAAAUAAGCGUGAUUUUCAAUAUACGAUUGGAUUCUGCACUGCACUGAGAGCUAUAUCAAAAUUUUGUCCAGGACGGUACCUGUAAGUUAUGGUGAACUCCAGAAACCCUACCUGGAAUUAAGAGAAGGGACCCACAUCACACAAAGCAUGGUGGAUGCGAGUGCGGCCUGCAGGAUGAACCCUCUCGCAGCGCUGGCCAUGGACCGGAGCAGCCUGAUGAGGGAGAGCCUGCGCGUUCACGGCGGGGUGGUCUACCCGGGGCUCCGGGCCCUGUCCGCUGAAAAGCCCAGGGAAGCGGCCGGCGUGCCAAUGGGCUACGACCUGCACUACAAGCCCGACAUGGCACUGGAGAGCCGGAAGCCUGCCGGCAGCUACGUCAGCCUUUACAAGAGCCCCAGCCCCGCCCCAGGCCUGCAGAAGCACCUGAUGGUGCCUGGAGCCGGAGGGGACGCCCUAGGGCUCGACCGGCGCAUGGGCACCACUGAAAAGCAGGCAGAGCUGGGGCUGAAUGGUAGCAGUGCCUACCUGCGCCUCCCCUGGAUGAACCCUUAUCCGGAUGCCGGGAUGUACCCCUUCCUGGACUCAUCCAAAUAUGCUGCUCUGAACAUGUACAAGGCCUCUUUCCUCUCCCAGCCAUCCCCUUACCUGGCCCAGCACCUCCCCUACCAGCCCCUCUGUGGGGGGGCGGGGGGCAGUGCCGCUGGAACGGAGCGUAUGUUCUAUAUGUCCCCUUACCCCCCUCCUCCAGCCCCCAUAACUUCCCCCCUGGCUCCUCCCCUGAGGAUCCCCACCGCGAGUGUGGCCCCUACGGCCCUGUCUCCACUGGUGCACUGCCAGGACAAAGGUCUGCAGAGCAUUGGGCCCAGGAUCCACCAUGAGCCCUCUGCGUUCGGCCAGCAGCUCCACCAGCCGCCUCCCCAAUCCCUCCACCAGUCCCACAGCGACCGGCAGCACGGCAGCAGCUCAAAAUCUAGCCGCACCGCCUCCAGCAAGAGCUCGGGUAGCGCCGGGGGUAGCAGCGCUAGCAGCAGUACAAGCAUAAAUGGCAGUGGCAGCAGUCUCCCGGUGGACUCCACCUCAUCCCUCCUGAUGCAGUCCUCCCGUACACCUGCCUGUCUGCCUCAGACCCCUGCCCCCCCUCCGCCGCCCCCUCCUCUACUGGACAAUUCUUUGGACUUCCAGAAGUCGCUGCUUCGAGGCCCCCCCUCUUCAUCUUCCUCCUCCACCUCCCCAUCCGUGAGCCACCCUUUCUUUAUGACUGGCGUGAACCCGGACCACCAUUCCCCAGCCCGGCCUGCUGGGCACAAAUCAAAAAGCAAGGAGGGGGGCUUGGAGCCCUGGAGUGGCAGCGGGGGUGAGCGGAGGAGCAGCAAGUCUCCUUCGAAGACCACAUCUGAGAAGCCAGCCCAGCAAGGUUCUGCUAAAGAUCCCGCUGAUAAGCCGCUGGACUUAUCUGCGAAAAUCACUGAUUUUGGAGCAGCUCCCAAUGGGAUCCCCCCUAAAUUAGAGGCCAUAGCCAAAUUGGGCAACUCCCCCACAACCCGAUAUGGGCAGCUACCCUGCCGAGACCUCCUGAAAGAGACGCUGUCCCCUUCCCCUAUAGUUAGCACUUCCUCCAAACCCCCAGAGAGGCCCGAGAUUAUAAGCACUUUACACUCUUCCUGGGUGGUACCUGGGCCUGGCCCCACCCAUAACCUGGACUCCAGUCAGAACCUUGGCACCUCCGUUAUCAAGAACAAGAACCUGGAUCGCGCGUUGCCCCAGCAGCGCAGCUCCUCCUGCCCCCGGAUUGGGGAACCUAAUGGGAUCCCUGCCCCCACACCCACUCCUGCCGUGGUGACCCCUGCUGGCCGCCCGGCCUCCACAUCCCCUUCCCCAAAAUUAAACGGUGAGUGGCCCAAGCCUGGCUCCACCAUUCCUGAGAAGUCCCCCCAGGCCAGCCAGCCUACCUCUGGGAAACUGGCCAAAAUACCCAAGAGGCCCGAAACCCAAGAGAUCACCUACAAACCUCCACAGUCUCACCUGGAGAAUGGCCAAACCCCUGGCCACCUGUACCUGCCCCAGAACGACACCUUCCUGCCACCUUCCAUAGCGUACGCCAACAGGUACCUGCCGUACCCAGAUGGAAUGUCCCUUCCUCACAUACCGCUUCCUGGGAAAGGCCCAGUUUACCCCCACCCUGUCCUCCUGGGUAGUGGAGGUCUAUUUCCUGGACGAGUGGCGCCCCCAAAGCACGGUCUCCCAUACGGGCUGCCGUCCAGUCACGGGGAGUUCCUGACCUACCACGAAUCCCAGGAGAUGGUCCACCCCCUGAUGUCCCCCCAUCUUGGGGCUGGGCUAGACCCCAAAGUCAGUGAGCGGCUCGAACGGAGGCCGAAGACUCAGGAAAAGCUCAGGCUCCACGAGGAGCGCCACCACUCCACGGAGCCAGUCGACGGAACUCACAACAGGCCCAACAGGGAGAUUGAGUGGUCUGCAGGCCAGGGACUUAAGCCCCAGAAUAAGCUGCCUGCACCCUGUGGGAAGGAGAAGAUCAUCUGCAUUGACCUGAUCCAGGAUGAUGUGGAUGGAAGCUUUCAGGCCACAAAGCUAAGCCCCCCCACUGGGAAGAAAGAGGAGCCUGCCAGGCCUUCUGGUGAGGGAGAGCCAGAGCUAAUGCAGCUCCUACUUUCCCGCCAGUUGGCCGAAUCUGACAAGCAGCUGGAGCCCCAUGGAAAAGCGGCGCUCCAGGAGCCAGACGUCCGUCGAGACCAUGCCUCCCCUGAGCAUGCCGUCAUCCAGGGCGCGGAGAGUCCCGCCUGUCACAGCCCACUCCCAGACUUGCUGGAGCAGCAGACCCUGCGCUGUGCUCGAACCUCUGGAGACAGAACCGCUGGAGACAGGACUUCUGAGCAGGCUGACACCCGGCAUGAGUUCCACAGCUUCCAGAACCACAUAGACCCGGUUAAGGAUGUCCCAGAGGAUGGAGAGUCCCACGAGGAGGAUGAUGAUGGCAGCCAUGGCUCCUCCAAGACCAGGAGGUCUAGCCUGGCUAAGAGGAUCGCUAACUCCUCCGGUUAUGUUGGCGACCGCUUCAAAUGCGUCACCACCGAGCUAUAUGCAGACUCCAGCAAGCUGAGCCGGGAACAGCGCGCCCUACAGAUGGAAGGCUUAUCACAAGAGGACAGUAAUAUAAGUCAACCUGCUGCUAACUGUGAGCGUGCAAUGAUGCGCUUCUCUGAGCUGGAGCUGAAGGAGAAGGAGGGAGGCGGCGGCCCGGGCCGGGAGCUGGCAGACGGCCAGCACAGCCGGGGAGACUGGGACUGCAGCCAGCGCAGCGCCCAUCCGGGGGUCACCGCCCCCCCCACGCAGGCUGAGAAAGACGGUGCGUGGCCCGCCUGUGUGAGCAACAGGGUUCCUGUUCUGCAGCGCUGCGGGGUGCCGCGGGAGGCCCCGCCCCCCCCUGAGCGGGAGCAGGGGAGGCCCCACCCGGAGAGCAGAGAGGGGGAGGGACAGCCCGAGGGGGGCGGGGCCGCGGAAGGGCAGCCCCCGGAGGACGUGAGCCCCGGUGCCACACACGCCCGGAAGCGCACGCCAGGCCUGGAGGAGGGCCAGGACGUCCCGGCCAAGAGACCCCGGCUGAGCACGGAUCUGUGGACCGAGGGGGACGUGACGCACCCCUCCGACCGCCUCCUGGAGGAGGUGAAAAACCUGAAGGUGUGCAUCGAGCUGACGGGCCUGAGGCUCAGCAAGCCGCGUCACCUGGUGCAGCUGCGCGAGCUGUGGGGCGGCGGUGGCGGCGGGGGCGGCUCCCCCGAGAGGCCCGAGGCAGAGCCCGCCCCCGCCCCGCUGCCCGGAGCCUACCCCUCGGAGGCCGACGGGGACCUGGAGCUCAGGGCCGGGUCGCUGGAGGAGAGGACAGCCAAGAGGAGGCCGGAGGUCAACAGGAGCUGGUGCGACAGGGUGCUCUGCAGCAGCAACGCGAAACAAGACCUGAGCCCCGCGCACAGAGACUGCCUGGACCUGCCCCCCCUCGGCCCCACCCCCGCCCGGCUCUCCGACAAGCGCCAGAGGCUGAAGGAGCAUCGCAAGGUUUCGGCGCUGGGGCCCGCCCUGCCGGACGCGGGCCGGGACGCUGACUCCGCCCACAGGCCGCGCCGGCUUGGCGAGUCCGAGAAGCCCAACGGCAAGAGGCAGUGCAAGACCAAGCACAUCAGCCUGCGGGAGCGGCGCGGGACGUCCCGCACCGCCGAGGACUGCCCCUGCCCGCACCCGGACGCCAGCCGCGAGCAGACGGCCGCCCUCAAGCGAACCUCCCGCAAGAGGUCAGCCUCCCUUUCGGAUUGCGACUCUUCCCCCGUCAAGCCCCGGCCCCCGUCGCCCCCUCCCUGCCCCGCUGCGCCCCUCACCCCGCUCCAGACGCCCGCGGCCCCGCCCUCGCCUCCGCCCGGCGGGAACCCCGCCCCGGACACGCCCGCCAGCCGGCCCAUGCCCCCCGAGGCCCGGAGGCUGAUCGUCAACAAGAACGCCGGAGAGACGCUGCUGCAGCGGGCCGCUCGUCUGGGAUACGAGGAAGUGGUGCUGUACUGCCUGGAAAACAAGGUGUGUGACGUGAAUCACCGUGACAACGCGGGCUACUGCGCCCUGCAUGAGGCCUGUGCCCGUGGCUGGCUGUCCAUCGUGCAGCACCUCGUAGAGCACGGAGCCGACAUCAACUGCAGCGCCCAGGACGGAACCAGGCCUCUUCACGACGCUGUGGAGAACGACCACCUGGACGUGGUGCGGCUGCUCCUCUCCUACGGAGCCGACCCCACCCUGGCCACCUACUCCGGGCGUGGCCUCCUCAAGAUGACCCACAGCGAGCUGAUGGAGUGCUUUCUGUUAGAUUACUUCUCUGACCUGCAGGGCCGCACCGACGCCGACCCGCGGCUGUGCUGGGAGUUCUACGGCAGCUCCGUGUGCGAGCCGGCGGACGACCUCUCCGCCUUCGACGUCCUGGCGAACCCCCCGGGCCCGACGGAGGGCGAGGAGGAGCAGAGGGAGGUGUUCGAGUUUGAGUUCUCGGACCGGCCGCUCCUGCCCUGCUACAACAUCCAGGUGUCCCUGUCCCAGGGCCCUCGGAACUGGCUGCUGCUGUCGGACGUGCUGAAGAGGCUGAAGAUGUCCGCGCGGGCCUUCCGCGCGGCGUUCACGCACAUCGAGGUGGCCACCAUCGCCGAGGCCGAGUUCUACAAGCAGGCGUCCCUCAGCCAGCUCUUCUCCUGCCCCGACGAGCUGGAGGGCUUCCUGCCCGACAGCAAGGAGCUGCUGGACCUGGUGGAGAUCAGCGCCGAGCUCACGGCCCUGCUGGGCUCCUCCCUGGAGUGCCUGGACGGCAGCUGGGACCCCGUCGCCAUGGCGAGGUGAUGACCCGGCCCCCGGCCCCAGGCACGGACUCGCACGUGUACAUAGUGUACAUAGCCGAUUGAUGUUGCAGACUGGACGACAGGAGGUUCCAGCUCUGUUCAGGACCGACUCUUAAUUUAACAUCCAUCUUAUUUUUAUAAAUAUAAAUAUAUGAAUAUAUUUCUUCUGAUUUUUGGUUUUAUUUUAUAUAUGGUCCUAUUUUUACUUUCCCUUCACGUAAAAAAAAAAAAUCUCCAUGCCUAAUUUGGAGAGCUUGGGAAUUGGUCAGAAACAAACAGGCUUUAAAAUAGAGGCUUUUACACACAGUACUCUAAUUUUCACUGUGCACCUCAGUUUUAGUUUACAGACCUGCCUAGCUUGGCCAGGUGAAUGCAUAUCAUUUAGAAGCUGGAGUUGUUUUUGAACAUGGUGUUUGCAUUCAUUGGAAGAAGAUGCCCUUCUGAGUUUGUUUCUCAUGGAGCUCAAACUUCAGGAGCUGUUUUCUGCCUUUCUUCAAAUAUUGGCGUUUUUCUUUUCUCUUAUUUAAAAUGAAAAAUUUAAGAUAUUUUCGUGUGUUUUUGUAAAAUAAAAAAGGUUUUAAGAUACUAAAACAAUAUAAGCCGUUUGGUGGAAAGCGUGCUUUAACUUGUAAAUAAGGGGUUGUUAUUUGCAGUAAUUGUUUCUGAUUGGUGUGUUUAUCGUUUAUGCAGAUGUGUUUAAACUUUGUAAUUAAAGAAUACCCCAUUUGUAUUUAUAUUUUACAAAAAAAAUCCUUUAAAAAUAAAUGGCAAUAAAAGAGAAUCUUCAA